CCCUCAUUGUGAAUCAAUUACAGCAAGUGAUGCAGAAUGUGUCUCGUCUCGCAAACGGAGUUCAUGGGACCACAUCAUUCAAGUGGCGCUUUUUUAAAAAUAAUAACAUCGUCAUUUGUAAAGAACUAGAUGAAGUUCAAUGGGAAGCUAAAUCUGAAUCUGAACCUUUAAUGAUCCAACUUGCACUAAAGGUCAAAACUCACUUUGAUGAGAGCAAACCGAUGUAGAGGCGGAUUACACGGCAGCGACUGUCUGCAAUGUCAACUUACAGUGUUGUAAGAAGUACUCACAACUCAAUUUACGUGAAUAAGUUUGAAAUGCAAUGUAAAAUACUUUAUUACAACUAUUCAUCUGGUGAUAGUGGGACACUGUGGGAAAGAGAGAAUGCAGAAUAAUAGUGUUGGAGUUGAUUAUUGAAGCCUUUAAUAUGAUUAUCAUGUUCUCAUUCAGUUUUGCUGCUGGUAAAUAUGAACUCUUUGUCUCACUGUCAGGUAGUACAACGUCAUUUAGUGUUUGUUCUUGGUUUCAGCAAUCUGAAUCGCUCAUUUCAAAUAGAAGUGGUUUAUUUAAUAGGUUUCCCUGGGAAACAAGUUCACGAUGCAGACUUAAUGAAAAUGAGAGGGCAUGAAGCCAUUUGAAAUCUCCAGUAAUUAAAAGCAUUCCUUUUAACUAUUCUCUUUUAAUCCUAUUUGUACAGUGACCAUAUGACCAGGCCGUUGAAUAAUCUUUAAACAAAUGGAGCCGUAGUAUAUUAAGCACCGAGUGUGUAAUCAGACCCACUGUUGUGUUGUCCUCGGGGCGCAAUGCUUAGGACGGGACAUGGAGCCGCUCACAUGAUUCUGUUGUGACUGUCUUCUUGAGGCUGUGGCUCUGUAAGCUUGUGUGUCUCAUUGUUCUCCAUGUGAGGCUGAGGAGGUGCACCAGUCCUACGGCUGCCAUCUGCCUCAGCGUCUCCGCCCGAUGAUCUGAAGCACUCGGCUGGACGUGGAGCCGCGGCUGGGCCCUCGGAUCGGGAGAAUGAGAAGCAGGUUGUGAAAAAAAGCAUCCACUGGGACGCAGGUGUUUUGGGCUUCAUGCACAUCAGGACCCACCGCUGGAAUUGGCCCCGCGACUGUUGCUUGAUGAACCAGGGAGGUGGGUCUGCGAUCAGUUAAUCAUCAACCGCCCCGAGAUCACGCCCCAACCCACCACCUCCAGAUGGGUUCGGUCUUCAGGAGGUUCUGCUGCUGCUGCUGCGCCGCGGACGACGACGGCGACGAUGAUGAAAAGCAGCCUUUAGUACCCCAGGACCCGUUGGAGUUCUUCAACCAGGAGGUCCAGAAGCGUCGCGACGAGGAGACCAACCUGUGGAGCGAGCCGGGCGACCGCAGCCACUCGGAGAGGCCGGACGACCGGGUGCUCUACAGCCUGCUGCAGGCCAGGAACAAGACCCGCAUGGGGUCCACGGGCUAUCGCCGACUAAGCGUCGACAUCGAGGCCAUGAGAGACACGCGGCGGGAAGUCCGGGACAAAUGGAAGAUACUCCUGGAGAACUUGGGCUUCAUGGCGGAGGCCGACUCUCUGCUGGCGGUGACCGCCGGCGCCUCGCUGGACGGCAUGCGCAACGCCCCGGCAGCACGCCAGCUGCUUCAGACGCUCCACACCGAGACGUCCCUCUUCUACAGCAGAGAGCCUCCGCCGGAGAGAUACCUGCUCAUCCUGGACCGCCUCCUGUAUCUUGACAUAGCUGAAGAUUUUUUGGCAAAAGCGAAGCGCUUCUACCCUCCAAAGGAGGACUCUGACGAGGAGGCGCCGGGCCUGGCCAUAAACCUGCCACUGCUGUUGGCCAGGGUGGAGGCCUUGAACGGAAGAGCCACCGAAGAAGAGGAAGAGAGUGAGAGGGACGAUUGAAACUUGAGUGACAGACCUUUAAGACCUGCUUCUGCAGUAAUAAGGGACACAAGGCAGGGGGCAGUAGUCAUCCGCCCUGGAGACCUGCAGGACAGAAAUGCCUAGCUCUUCUCCUCCGGUCCCUGUCGCUGCUUGUUGGAGGUUUUAGGCUCAACAUUUUUUGCUUUCUCCAUCCGAGAGCUAUUCUGUUUUUUUUCUGGUCCACGUCAUACAAUGGCCUUGCAAAUAUGUUUUGGUAAAUCUUAUAGUGGCAUCUUUUUUUUUUUUCUUUGGGUCUGCUGUCGACCACCGAGUUGUAUCAAGUGUUCUGAGUGUGUUCAUUGUUCAGCUGUUGUGAACCUUCAGGGUAGCGAUGUUCCAUCAUUUAAUCACGUGAUCCUUAAUGGCACUGAAUGAAUAGUCCAGCAUGUCAGAUUCUUUCUCACAAGAAUAUGUGAUUCUAUUAAAAAAAAAUACUUUGGACCAUGUAGUAAGUCUGAAAAUGUGGCUUUAUGAAAUCCGUAUGCAAUGCAAUGAGUACAGAAUGCUGAACUCUCGAAAGGUGGUGUAUGUGACUGAGUGACUUUCAGGUGAAGUGUGACGGGUGUCUUUUCCUCUCCGGGAAUUUACUGAAAACGUGAACGAUUUCUAAGCUUGUUUGUGAAAAUGAAAUAAAGCUCCAGUCC